AUGGCUCAAGAAUUAUCACACCCUUCAAUCCAAGAUGGUUGGUUUGCUGAGAAAUCAGCCACUAUGUGGCCAGGUCAAGCCAUGUCCUUGGAAGUGGACAAAGUUCUCCACGUUGAGAAAUCCAAAUACCAAGAUGUCCUUGUAUUCAAGUCCAAGACAUAUGGUAACGUUUUGGUUUUGGACAACUGUAUCCAAGUCACUGAGCGUGACGAAUUUUCAUACCAAGAAAUGAUCACUCACUUGGCCAUGAACUCCCACCCAAACCCAAAGAAGGCAUUGGUCAUUGGAGGUGGUGAUGGUGGUGUUUUGAGAGAAAUCUUGAAACACAGCUCAAUUGAAGAAGCAUGGUUGUGCGACAUUGACGAAACUGUUAUUGAAGUAUCCAAGAAGUACUUGCCAGACAUGGCUGUUUCUUACCAAGACCCAAGAACCAAAGUGCACAUUGGUGACGGAUUCAAAUUCUUAGAGGAGUACAAGAACCAAUUCGACGUUAUUAUCACUGAUUCUUCAGACCCAGAAGGUCCAGCAGAGUCUUUGUUCCAAAAGCCAUACUUUGAGUUGUUGAAGAAUGCAUUGACUGAAAAGGGUGUCAUCACCACACAAGCCGAAAACAUGUGGAUCCACAUGGACAUUAUUUCCAAAUUAAAGAAAGAUUGUUCAGAUAUUUUCCCAGUUGUUGAAUACGCCUACACCAUGAUCCCAACAUACCCAUCUGGAUCAAUUGGUUUCAUGGUUUGUUCAAAAGAUGCAAACGCCAACGUGAAAAAACCACUCAGAUUCGAAUGGGACGACGAGUUUGUUGCUAAGAACUUGAAAUACUACAACAAACAAAUCCACGAGGCUGCCUUUGUGUUGCCAAACUGGGCAGACCAAAAAUUGAACAAAAACCUAUAA